AUGGUUCUUCCAAUCGUUGGGUUUUCUCAAUUAGCAGCACCAGCUUUAGGUACAGUUAUUCUUACUCAUGGAUUCCAUACAUGGGCAACAUUACCAGCAUUAUUAGAAAAAGGUAUUGAUAAUACAUCAAUUAGUUAUUGGAUUUCUAAAUAUUCUACUUUAGCUGGACGUUCAGUUGUUGGUGCAAUCUUGUUAUCAAUUGGGUUUGGUAUUCAUGCUGCUGUUAAUUUACCAUUUGAAAGUUUUGCAAGAUUUUACUAUCUCUUGGGUAGUAUUUCAAGUGUUGGUUAUCUUUUAUUUGUUCCAUAUUUCAAGUAUAAAGCAAGAAAGAUUAGUGAAUAUAAUGAAACAAUUGAGAAUGAUGGUUCAAAUCCAAGAAAAGAUAUUCGUUUUGGAUUAAAAGUUCAUACUGUUAGUAGUAUUUUUGAUAUUGCAGGUGCUGCUUUCUUCUGGUAUGGUCUUUGGAAUGCAAUUCAAUUGAGAUGA